UUCAAAUCAGGAUCUACGAGGCAACAGCGCCAACGAUCAUUUUUCGAGGCUUUGGGAACCAGUCGAAGACAUCGAAAGAGGCUUAUCUGCUUGCCCUGCAGGCUGCUCACAAGGGCGGAGAGAGGCGUAUCAACGCGGGCACGUUGGUCCAAGCAUCUCACCUCCGACCCGGCUCGGCAAGCUGGGGUAGGCUACUCUCUGUUCUUAGUUCGAUGCGCCCGGUGUCGCAGGAGGCUUGAAGCUAAGACAUGUCACAAGUGGCAGUGAAAGCUUCAACGAUGCCUCCUGCUGCAACGUCGAGCAGUAAUCCACGCUCUCGCAUGGCCACUUCGUCGAAGAGCGCGACCAAUAUCAAAACUUGCAACGCCAGCGCCGCCGCUGCCGCUGUCGUUGCCAGCAAUUCAACCAACUCGAUGAAGGGAGUAAAGCGGUCUCGCGAAGGCAUUCUGAAGAACUCAUUGCGGAGGAGUGGAAGCACAUCUUCCAUCUCUACGAUCGGCGCAGCUGGGACCGAUGGGGAGGAGGCGCAGACACCUAUUGCAACCACUCCAGCGCCAGCCAUGCCGAUGUCCAUUCUGACCAAUCGCACAUCGGACAGCGACAGUGGGAUAUCAGGCUUGCCGCCUAGCUCGCAACCCUCGUCAUUCCCUUCCAAGAGGCGCAGUGGAGCAGACAGUGCGAAAGUAAUGAGUAGCGCUGCAGGAGCAAGCACGGGGAAUACAGGCGGCGUUACGUCUGGAGAAUUUGCUGCCGCUUCUGUGUCAUGGGUCACCGGUGCAGAGAGCCUGAAGCAAGGAAUGUACAUGUCUUUCGUGACAAACGCUUUAGCGCAGAAAGCAGCUGGUAGUCCGACGCAGUACUACGAGCUUGUAUCAGCUUUUCAGAUGCCAACGAACAAUGCAGGCGUUGCAGCGGCAGCAGCAGGUCGAAGCAUCGCAUCGCCAUCGACGCUGCAAUCAUGGCUCACAGCGCUCUCCUCCCACGUCUCGAAGCUUGACACCAGUCACACAGCCCUUGUUGAGAACAUCCUCCUGUUGCCCUGGACGACGAUGAACGAAAGUUUCGCUACUGUAUGGGUCCGCUUUGUCUGUGCGCUUGUCAGCGCGCGAGGCGAGUGGAUCGCCCCGUUGCUCGAGCGAGCAGUCAAGAGCCUUUCCUUUCGCUCCGACUGGCGGGCGCUCGCAUUUGCCGGCUUCUCCUCCGACCCUCUUGAGCAUUCCUCGCAGGCGGCUACCGCCAGCGCGCCAACAAGGCGACAGAUCUACGCACGUAUCCAUCGUUUAAUCCGGCAGCUGAUUGUACUGGUCCCAACAUUGCCCUCCCAACUCGGCUCGCUGCUCACGCGCCACUUCCCGCCGAAACGAGAUACGCGCACGGCGCAGCUUGUCUUCAUUCGCAACGCACUCAAAGUCUGCGAGUACUGCCAAGAGCUGUCGGAAGGCGUGCUUACCAUGGUAAUCGGCCGGGCGCUGCAGAUCGACGUUGAGAUCCAAGUCGAGUUGGAUGAGCUGGAGGAUGAGCAGGGCGCUGAUGGCUUUCGAGAGGAACAGCUCGAUCCGUUUGACCGGCGAAUCGACGAUGAGGAUGAUGAAGACGAUGACAACUCAGAUGCCGGUUCCAUCAGCGACGACGAGGCCUUGCUCGCCGGUGGUGACGGAGGAGAUGACUCGGAUGGAUUCUCCAUUCUCUCUGACGAAGAUGUCAUGGGGAACGAUUCAGAGCAAGUACGCUCCAUGGUGCACAUUCGCAGUCUCGUCCAACACCUAGACAGUAUCAUGAAGACAGCAUUUGAUCAUCUGAAUGGACUACAUAUACACUAUCAACAGCAAGCACAGCAUUACAGCAUCAGUACGGCCAGCAACCAUUCAAUCGGCAGUAGCCAUUACACCUCGGCUUUCGGCAAACGGACACCAUCCCCACCCGAGCCGAUUCUCGAGAGUGCUCCUCUACGUGGUACGACUCAAGGAGGCACAAGUGCAGAUCGAGCGCUGUACAGAGACAUGCGAUCUGAGAGUGCUGCUGUGCAAGCGCGACAGAGCCUCUUCGCCUCUUUGCUCUCCAUCUUCGCUCGCUCGGUCCUGCCCACUUUUAAAUCGCGCCAUGUGCAGUUCCUGCUCUUCUGGUUUAGCUCGCUCGACCCUGAGUACGCAGACUUCUUCCUCGGUGCCCUGCUUUCCAAGGCUCUGUACGGCAGCGUUGACAUGAACACCAGUGCCGUCAAUGGCGGCAGCGGAGGAGCAGGGGACGAGCCGCCCAUCAUCCGUGUCGCUGCAGCGAGCUAUAUUGCCUCCCUCGUCAGCCGAGCCAAAUUUAUCGAUGGUGACAUUUGUCGUGACGUCGUGGAAAACCUGUGCGCUUUUCUUGAAGGUCACCUCGAGGCGUACGCCACUCCAGGUACAAGCAUCGCCGCAGCGCCUCCCGGAACCGAUCCGCACACCGUCUUCUACUCAGUCGCGCAGGCGACCUUCUACAUCUUUUGUUUCCGAUGGCGCGACUUGACAGCCAGUGCAGCGAAGCGAGACAUGAGCAACGGAGGUGCCACUUGUCUCAGCACCAGUCAAGGCGGCGGGGAAUGCAAUGGCAGCGCUUUUGGUGUAUCCCCGGCUUUCUCGUUCUCGUCCGACAGCAAGAGUGCGGCAGGCGACUCGGACGUUUCCGUGCCAGUUGGGCCUGGUGUGCCAAUCCCAGGCCUUGCGGGGGGAAGCUGGGUCGAUGCUCUCUCCGUACUCGUCCGCGCAAUCACGAGCUGUCUCAACCCUCUGCGGUACUGUUCGCCUGCGAUCGUCCAUCAAUUCGCGCACGUUGCGCAGCACGCCGGGUUCUUCUACUGCUUUUCGAUUAUCGAGGCCAACAAGCGCAGCGCCAAAAACGAAGAUGUGGUCAAUACGUUCAUGCGAGACGGCGCAGAGCGAGUGGGGACGCCUACGGCUGAUCGACCGAAUACCCAACGAGAGACUCGGCAUGAUAGCCCGAAGCAUCAACAGGGUCGCCAGCAGGUGGCAGACAGCCAAGUCAGCCUAGUCGAUUCCUUCUUCCCCUUCGAUCCGUAUCGCUUACUGCUAUCAGCGCCCUACGUCGACUCUCUGUACCGGGAAUGGAGCGAAGUCGCGCCUGAUGACGAAAGUGAGGACGAUGAAGAAGACUCUUCGGAGGACAAUGAGCAGACCAUGGAUGACGACGAUGCGGAGGAAGACGAGGAGCACAGCACAUAUCGCAUAUGCGCAAGCGGAAGUGGAGCCCUGGCUGUGCCCAAUGGGCGGCCAAGGUCACCCAAGAAGAGUAAAGGAAAGGGCAAGACCAAGACCAAGAUCACAAGCAAGAUGUCCACUUCCUUCUCUUCGGCGGCGACAGGCAGCGAAAGCGAGGCGCAGAGCUCUGUUGCUCAAAGCUUCGAGGCUAUGAGCAUCAGCCCAUUUAAGCAUUGAGGCGACCCCAGCCUCUACAUAUCUGUGCAUUCUACAUCUGUAUUUCAACGCAUUCAGCUUUCGGUGAAUGUAGACAAGCCUCAUUGAACGUAUAG